AACAUCUCUACUCCACUACUCUUCCCAUCUCUCUUACCACUGCUGCUACUCCAUCUCCGCUCCAUUCCACCACCACAAUGUCGACGCAGCCGCCGCUCGCCGCUACUCUCCUCCUCACAAUCUCCCUUCUCCUCCUCAUUUCCACUACCACCGACGCCCACAACAUAACACGCAUACUCGCUAAACAUCCUUCAUUCUCCUCCUUCAACCAUUAUCUUACCGUCACUCACCUCGCCGCCGACAUUAACCGCCGGCAGACCAUUACUGUACUUGCUCUCGACAAUGCUGCUAUGUCAUCGUUGAUAGCUAAAGGACUCCCGAUUUACACUCUACGAAACGUGUUGUCCCUUCAUGUUCUUGUCGAUUACUUCGGCGCCAAGAAACUCCAUCAAAUUACCGAUGGUACCACGUUAACUUCUUCUAUGUUUCAAGCUACCGGCACAGCCACCGGAACUUCCGGUUAUGUUAAUAUCACGAACCUUAAAGGCGGUAAAGUCGGGUUCGGCGCUGAAGAUAAUGACGGAAAACUUGAUUCUCUUUACGUUAAAUCUGUUGAAGAAAUUCCGUAUAAUAUCUCCAUUCUUCAAAUCAGUCAGGCGUUAAAUUCAGCUGAAGCGGAAGCACCGACAGCGGCGCCGUCGUUAAAUCUAACGACAAUCAUGUCAAAGCAAGGAUGCCAAACCUUUCUAGAUUUAUUGAAGGCGACCGGAGCACUGUCAACUUUUGAAGAAACCGUCGACGGAGGAUUGACGGUGUUUUGCCCCACCGACGGUGCAGUUAACGGCUUUAUGCCAAAGUACAAAAACCUAACAGCAGCUAAAAAAGUGUCGUUACUUCUAUAUCACGGAAUUCCUGUGUAUUAUUCAUUACAGAUGCUGAAGUCUAAUAACGGCGUCAUGAACACGUUAGCUACAGAAGGUGCUAAUAAAUAUGACUUCACGGUGCAAGAUGACGGUGAGGACGUGAAGUUGGAGACUAAGGUUGUAACGGCGACGGUAACGGGAACGUUAAAAGAUGAGGAGCCGUUAAUUGUUUAUAAAAUUGAUAAGGUGUUACAGCCUAGAGAAUUGUUCAAGGCGGUGGAGGCGCCGGAGCCAGCACCGGCACCUAAGGGGGCUAAGAAGAAGAAGCCGGCGAAGAAGGGGAAGGCUGCGGCGGUGGAGGCAGAUGCACCGGGGCCUGAUGGGGCUACUGAUGAUUACGCGGAUGAUACAACAGCCGCUGAUGAUAAUGGAGUGAGUAAAAUGGACGGUGGAAGAUUAGCUAUGGUGUUCCUGAGUUUGUGCUCAGUGGUGAUUUUAUUUUAAUUAAUUUUAAUACAAAGUGUGGUUUUUAUUUUUUAAAUUAUUUUAUGUGAUAGUUAAUGGUGUUAUUGGAUUCUUCUUGCACAUGGGUUUGAUACAAUUUGAUACUUUUGUAGAAAAAGGAAAAUAAAUGGGUACCACUUGUUUGGGGUUUUAUUUUUUUA